AUGGCAGAGCCAAGACAAGAACACAGUUCUGACUUCACGGUAGAACACACUGCCUCACAUGGCAGUGUCAAGAAAUGGAUGUCUGAAAAGAAGGGUUGUGAUAAGGAUAGUUACUCUGCUCUUGAAUUGCUGGAUUUCAAGAAUGCUUUGAAGCAGUUCCAGAAACUAGUUGAAGAAAUAGUAAUCCAGACAACAAAGGAGAGAUUAGGCUUGUGUAUGAAAGAUGAUGUUAAGAAUGAGAUAGACUAUGGUAAGUUCUGUAAAACCACGACACUUUUUGGUCCAGAAGUCAAGGAUCAUAAUAUUAGCCUUUUCAGGAAGAUUAGCAGCAAUCCUGAUGGCAGGCCAGAGUAGUGUAAGAUUUUUGGCUGUUUCAUAGGAGAAAGUGAUGCCGUGUCUUCCCAGCUGAAAGAAAACAUGGGUUUCCUUGUAUCCAAAAACCCACAGAUUACUCAUGAUACUGCUCAGAUCAAUGGGUGUGAUUUCCUACUUCAGCCGAAAUGUGUCAUGGCCAUAACUGAAAAGACAGUCAUCAUCUGGGACUAUAAAUCAAAAGGGAGUCAGAAUAAUUGCUUUAUCAUCAAGCCAAUGGGAAAUGGUCUGCUCUGUGUUUGCACAGUGACUACAUCAGAUCACCUGGCUGAGGAUGGGAGAUGGUAAGGGUUUGUUCACCUGCUUACUGUGACCAGUGAUCACCUUGGCUUGAAACAAUGUGAAGGCAAAAAAGAAUCACAACCGCAGGUCUUGGACUCCAAAACUCUUAACAUUCUUAAACACAAGCUACAUGAUGACUGUGUUAUGAAAGUUAAGUAUAUUUCUGACCUAAAUUGUUUUGGAUCCUGCUCCUCAGACAGCAUUCAUUUAUUUGUUUUGGGUGAAAAGCAACUAGAGGAAAACUUACCUGUAAAGGAGUUUUUUGUCCCUAGAAGAGUCAAUGCCUUCACAUACUGUGGGAAAGCAAAAGCUAUUGUCACCAGGGGUCAUGACAAACUCCUUCAUUUGUGACAUCCUGCUAUAAAUAGUAGGCCUACAGAGGAGCUAUCAGGACACCAAUAUAGUGUUGUGGACAUUGUGACAAAUAGAAAAGAUCAACAUGUUACGAGUCUCUCCUCUGCAAAAAUUUUUAGAGUGUAUAUACAGCCCCUUUCACUGCUGCAGGUAUUCCGUGACAAUCAAGGGAGUCCGGAGACCUUUGCCGUGGUAUUUGACAGUGCUCGUGGCACACUUAUCACUGGUUCAGCUGUUAUUGGUAUUUAUUCCCCAAGUCAUGUGAUACAAGACAUGAGACAAGUGCCAUAGACACGUGAGCAAAGCGUCAAUGUUCUGGCUUACAACAGGGAUUUUCACCAGAUUCUCACUCUCCGCUCUGGUUCAAUACUGAAGGUCCGGGACCUAGAAACGGGAUAUCCAAUAUAUCAGACUGAAGAUGUCAAUGGGCUGAAGACUGGAGUGACCUGUGCAGCCACUGAAAUAAAUGGGGUUUGUCCUACUGGGGCAUGUGAUGGAACAGUGAAAAUCUGGAAGUUUGAAAGUGAGCAGGACUUUAAAGCCUUGCCUUUGGCCCAGCACAGCAAAAAUGAGUGUCAUCUGCUGAAGACAGUUUCCCUGAAGGCUAAUGAGAGCCGACAUGCACUUCUGGUUUUGGAGCAGAGUGGGAAGAUGAAAGUCAUUCAGAGUAACCCAGUCCAGACCUAUCUAUAUGUCACAUGGGUGCUUCCUGAGGCACUGUCGUUUCCAUGAAGGAAUCCAGUUGUGUCUCUGUCACUGAAGCCUGACACCUUAUAAACACAUGAUUUUUUUUCUGAAAUUCAGCUGCUGUCUGACACCAGUUCUCUGGAGAGUGACACAGAGAAUUUUGUACCAUCUGUGAGGAUGAAGCAUUUUGAUGUUUUAAAAGUAGAAGGAUGCAGUUUGAUAGCUACAGGAAGUGCAAAUGGUGCAAUAAUUUUGUGGGAUUUUGCAUCCGCCUCUGUGAGAUGUGUCAAAUUAAUGAAGACAGCCAGGCUUUGGUUCUUCAAGCACCUGGAGUCAAUGCCGUGUUAUUCCUUGUACAUGAAGUCUAAAAGUCUGACCACUACAGGCACUAUUUUAUUAUGCUUUAUUACACUGGAUGAUGUUGAUUUCCAGAUAGCAAACAGUAUCUUCAAGAAUGUCAGUGAUCUCCAACAAUUUCUUUCACACAGGAAAAUUAGUUCCCUGCCCUCUACUACUGCAAGGAGCGACGGCAGUGCCAUCCCAGAGCAUGAGGGCAGUUCUUUGAACCUACAUAAGGAAGAUUUAGAAAGUGAGGAAAUUAAUACUCAGAUAAAAAAAGACAUCCUCUGCUGGAAAGCAGACUUUUUCAAUAACAAGAAAUUUGAUUAUCUGAAACGUGGAUUUAAGCUGAAUUUCUUUGGCAAAGAAAAAAUGCCCCAAAACCAGAAUAUCCCUAAGCCUUGUAGCUGCCCAAUGAAACAGACACUCAUGUUAGAUCCUGCAUCCACUGAAUGCCUAUUUCACCGAGGACCUUCAUGGGACCCCCCAGCAUCUCCGACUCUGGGGAAGCCACAGCAGGAAUUCAAACAAAGGUUCUCUUGUUAUGCGAUUUCUGUGCAUUCAAAAGCAAUACUAAAAAUUGUUGAGAAAACGUAUGAUCAUUUGUGUUCCAAAGCAGAAGGCACAACUAGGUCUAAGAAUAUCCAGUACUUGAAGGUGAAUGUACAGUUAUCCAAAGCUGUAGCAGGACACUCACCAGUACUGGCUUCUGCUCAUGAACAUGGUUGUAUCUGCCUAGGGAAUAUUUGGAGAAAUAUGUUGAAAGGACUUGUGCCAUAUUCAAAAUAUCCUUCCAUUCCUCUGACAGCACUAUGUACAGGCAUCUCCACUAAAAUGCUUUUGGCAGGCAGUAAGAAACUCUUUCCUGCCACCUUCCUGCUCUUAUGCGGUCAGACGCUGGAUGGAAGCAUUGCCUCAUUCUUAGAGGAUCAACAAAACAGUAAAAAUAAAAUAAAGGAGGAGCUAUACUGGAGGGCACACGCUAAAGUGGUUGACUUAUUCCAUGAAGAGGAGAAAAAUGUGGUAGUGACAGCACAUAUUGAUGGUCCAGUCAGGCUCUGGCUUGCCACAAAUAGAUACUAUCUUCGUUACUUUGGACAACCCAGGAAGUCUGAAUUAUCAGAUACCAGUUGGUUGAUUUUACCUUGUGAUGUUAAUAACUUUCCUACUAUAAUUAAAGAGAAAGGGAAUCCCAUGGAAAAGAAGUCUGAAUAUUCUAUCAUGCUGGACAGGGACAAGUAAGAUCUCAUACUUGUACAUACAUGGAUGACAGGGGGAGCAGUUCUAAAAACAUUUUAAAAGUACCUUUCACCUGAAGGUCAGAAAAAAUAUUAGUAUUUCCUAUGAGUUAUUUAGAAAAAUCCUUUUUAAAAAAUGUUUUUACACAGCAUGAAUAAAUCUCUUCUUUGUUAUGACUAGGUGACAGGAUUAGGUGAUACUCGGGAUUUGAAUCUGAUGACUAGAUAACUGUCUCAGAUUUUAGCCUAAUUAGGGUCUGUAUGUGAUGUACACUGUUCAGGUUAGCAGCCUAUUCCCCUUCCAGUUCCACAAGCUGAUAUACUUCUGGGAUGCCAAAAAAAAUAUUGAAAAAAGUUUCAUGUGAAUAAUUUCAACCAAAACCCAAAUCCUUCUGUAAGAAUAAACCCAAUUUAAUCUUUCAGUUUUAAAAAUGGUCUUUUUAAAUUUGCUGGGAUGUUAUGGAUAUAUUCACCUACCUCUGACCAUGACGUUCUGUCACUGGCAUAACUGUUGUGUGUUUAAUAGCAGUACUGGACCCCUCUCCUCCUGGACAGAGUUCUCAAGUGAUGUGGGCUAGUUACAAAUCACGCCAGAGAGCCUUGGCCCUCUACCUUAAGUCAUAUUUCUAGUCCUGGAGCUCCCUGGUUCAUCAGUUAGCGGGUUGACCAAAUGAACAUAAAUACUGCAGCAGGAAUCUUCAGAGGCAACAUACAUGGUGUUUUUAGUAAUAAAGCAGUCCAAAUCUGGGAAAAAUUACUUUGGGGCUUAAAAAGUCAUGCAUGCUUUAGUGGUAAGAUCUCAUAUACCAUGUACAUUCUUAGGUUGCCUUUUCACCAAAGCACUUUGGGACAAUGGGAAAUCUCUAAAGUGCUCUACUGUUACCCCAUUUAGGUUGGUAUCCUGCUAACACUUAUUAUUCCAUAGAGUUCUUACUAAUGUGAGUAGUCCCAUUGAAGUUGAAACAGUAACUCAUUAAUAUAGAGAAGUGCUUGGCUGUGUUUCAAGGACUAACCCUUGUAGUCCAUUUGAACAGCAGCUAGUUUGAAAACUCUGAAAUCAAAGAUACUAUGAGUAAUCCAGCUGACCUUAAAGACACUUUCCACAAAUUACGUGUCUGUGUCAAACUGUGACUGCUUUUUGAGGACUUCAAAUAUUUCAGUAAAAGAGAAUGGCUAUCAUACAUUUACAACAUUAAUUAAACAGACUGGAAGCAAACGAGAAGCCUGCUUAACUGUGCAGAGAACUGGUGGCCACACUCUGCACAAUAGUCUUACCAUUCUAUAUACUCUGUGUGCUGUCACCUCCAGAGUAACUUGAUUCCUCUGGAUUUAUUGUACCAAAUAGUGUAAUGGAUAGCUAGCCAAGCAUCCUCCAAAAGGCUGUGUUACUUAUGGAUGCUAGGCUCUGUUCUUUACAGGAUACAGCAGCUUCUCUUGGGUCAAGUCAGUCAUCUUCAUGAUGCUACUACAGUUCACUUAGUGGAUAACCGUCAUAUAAGUCCCUAAGAUAAGAUCUUAGAACUUUAAUUAACAAAUCAAGUUAUAAGUGCUAUUAACAGAUGUUCCCCAAACGUGCAUAUACCUGAAAAGUCCUUCAUGCAGAGAAAAAAUUAUAACGAAGCCAGUGUAUGAUUAUAACAAGAUACCGAAAAGCCCACCUCCCUCCACUUUUUGAUGGUUAAGAAGGAAAAGCACCUUACUGUGAUUAACUGCUAAAAGAUUCAGAGCCAUAAAAUUCUUCUUUUGCUAGGCAUACUGACUUCUCUGAAGAACAAUAAAUGUUAUUCCAGAGGUACUGCUCUAACCUUUCUCUCAUGUUUCAGGAGCUUUGGUGUCCUUGGAUAAGCAAAGAGUUGGUGGUGUGUUCCACAGGUAGCACAUAUAUGCCACAGUAUCCUAGUCAAAUGUCUUCUUCCAGAAACAUUUAGAUUUCCCUGUUAAUCAGCUGGAGAGAAGACAGAAGGAAGAUUGAGAACUAGCUUCAAAUAGUGAGAAACACCCUUUUUUAAAGGUACCUGGAUUUAGGUCACAGCAGCACGGAACAUGCUAUCUGUAACUUUAAAGUUAACACUAUUUUCAGCUGAGCUAACUUUAUACUAAUUAAACACAGUUACAGAAACAGAAAAAGCAAAAACCAAGCAAAGCUCCUUGCGAUUGUUUUGUUAAUGCUAUGCAGACAAGUCUUCAGAAUUAUCGUUCUAAUACUUUUAGUGCCAAUAUUUUUGUUUGACCAGAACGAUUAACAGAAUGAAAUGCCCAUAUUACCCCCAAAAUCCAUUUUUAACAGCACAGAUUACUUCUGGUUUAUGCUACUUUGUUUUAGAAAUACAGUAGCAUGUCACAGUAGGGAAAAACUGUUUAGAUAAGAUAUUUUUAAAUUAGGUUUUCUGAUCAAUUUACUGCCUGUCAGUUCAGGUUUAUGGGCAAAAUCCUGAUUUCUUGUUGCACCAAUUUAAAUCUUAGCUAUGGAGGUUUAAAACAGUAAAAAGCACUGUAGGUCAACUCAAUUGACCCCAAUUAUUUUCAUAAUUUUUAUUAUACAGUACAAACCAAGCCCAGGGCGUGGUAGAUAUGUUUAAAGGAAGGUCUAUGCAUAUGAAUCAGGGUGUAAUGAAGGUGAAAAUAUAAAAGUAUUAUUUUAUCAUUAUUGUGAUUCAAUAUGAACUCCUUACACUGAACAGUUGCAAAAAAGACCAAAAUUUGUAAAAGAUAUUCAGCAUAACUUAGGGUGAUCAGAAAUCAUACUCCUUUUCAGCAGUUUCCAGUGGCUGUUUACUUAAUGAUGGGGUUAGUAACAACGUUGUUCUGGUGGAUUUUGUGUUAAUUGAAAGUCUCAAACUGUUCUGCCCCAGGAUGUGCUAAAAUCCACUUAACAUCUUCCCUAUUUUUAUGAAUGGACCCUGAACCCUUACUCUAAAUCUGAACUUUUGGAUAGCACUGAAAGAGAACUGGCAAAUGUUGGAAACUGAUCUCCUCACCAACAUUUAAGAAACCAAUACAUAGUUUUGUCCCUUCUUCCAUAGCACAGCAACUAAACUUCAGUCUUCUUAUGCUUUAUUCUCUAUUUUCAUCUAAAUAGGAAAUCCAAAUCUUUAACUAGCACAGUUAAUAAUAGCAUCAUAGUGAACAGCACCUAUCAUCCCAUGCUGCAUAAUGAGCCACCCUUCUGCUUGGGAAAGCACAUGGCAAAAGGGGAAGGGAUCUUGGCUUUAUGUAAAAUCGUUCCUUCAGGACCCAGCCGGGGUUGGGGAGCAGUGUGUUACACUAACUGGUCUGAACUAAGAAUCCCUGGCAGCUCCAAUAGGCUCUGCACAGGUCUGGCUCCACAUCCCUGCAGGUGCUCCCCAGGGCCUCUGGUUCUGUUCCCCCCAAAAGCCCCUAUGAAACAGAAACUCAGGUGAGUGUGAUACAGAGGAAUUACACCCCGCGCUCUGUGAGCUGUUUUGAUGGCAGAAGCAAAACACAAACAGUGUUCUCCCUUACCCAGGUUCUAUGAGCGUCCCAAUUACUCUUGGUAGCAAAGUUAACUGUAAUAGGAGCUUUGUGAGUCUCUCACUGCAAGGCAGAGUUCUGUAGCCUUUUUAUCUCUUGCCAUCACAGUGGUUAUUUUUACUUUAAGUGUUUGCCUCAGAACUCCAUUUUAUAUUCACAAUCUCAUAAGCAUCAGAUACACAGCAAGGAGUUAAUGCGCCCUGCUGUUUCUGCCUGUUCGUUCCUUGCUUGUGCUUUCAAAGAGCAUGUUCAUCCUCUAAGCCAGAAGAGUGCAUGCUGAGCUCAUAUUCAAUUAAUUACCUGUCAUGAUUCUCUGAAUCCUUCCUGGCAUUUUAGCAUUCCAGGACAAUGUCACAGUAUGGCACAGGUCACAGAAUACAUAUUCUAUCAUCUGUUGUCUGGCUAAAGGUACAAAUCUUUGCCAAGUGUGUCACUUUAAUGACUAUUUAGGAUAAUCCUUGUAACCAGUGCCAUUGUUACCCACUAUUUUGGGGAAAGUAGUGGUUUUCCUACAUUACUGGUAAUGAACAGUGCUUGAUCUGCCGGCCUCCUUGGACAGACUGUCUUCUGAUAAGCUGACUAUACAAUGGCUUGCAACAAUUUACCUGUCUUCAACUUGUUGUAGGGCUAUGGUGGAUUUUGGGGUAAUACUGCUUCUUUUUUUAGCAAAAUAUCCUGUGGGAGUAUAUUUAAAAAUACUAUGAUCAAAUGUACCAGGUCUGGCUGGGAUGAACCUUAUUUUGUUCACAGCAGCCUAUAUGGUGGCUGUGUUCUGGAUUUCAAAGUGUUUUUUUCCCACCCCCAGCAAGUAAACUGGACAUGCACAAGAACCUGGGAGAGGACACAGCCAGGACACCUGAUCUGAACUGGCCAGAGAUAUUCCAUACCAUAUAAUGUCCUUCUCAGCAACAGGAGCUCAUGGAAUGGAGGAGGAAAGCAAGAUAUUCAUGGUUAUGGUGUUUAUCUUCCCAAGUAACCAUUAUGCGUUCUGAGGCCCUGCUUCCCAGGAAGCGGAUAAACAUCUGCCUGCUGAUGGGAAGUAGUGGAUUAAUCCCUUAUCUUGCUUUGCUUGCACAUGCAGUUUUGCUUCACCUAUUAAAACUGUCUUUAUCUUGACCCAUGAGUUUUCUCACUUUUACUCUUCCAAAUCUCUCCCCCAUCCCACUGGGACAAGUAAGCAAGCAACUGGGUGAGCACUUAGUGUCUGCCAGGGUCAACCCACCACACUAACCAACCUUGUGGUUAAAACUAAACCUGAACUUGUCUGACAAACCAAGCAGCACCAGAAAAAGUGUAAUCUCCAUUUGUUACUUGUGUUCCCUUCAUGCACCCCGUGAUUUAGCAGUUAGCAUGCGAAAGGUAACCCCCCCUGCAGUUCCCCGAGUCCUGUUUGCCUUUGUAAGACAGCUACAUCAGCCCUCUUCCAGUUACCUGAAAAUUGCCUAGUCUUCAAAGAUUAUUUAAGAUGAACAGUUCAGGUUCAGAGAUCCUUACCCAUUUCUUUUGAUGCUUUUACACAUUAUGCUUUGUAAUUGCAUAAGAUUUUCUCUUUGGUAUUGUCCCUGUUUAUAGUUAAAACUAAAAUAUUUUACUGUGUUUGCAACAUGCAGAUAUCCCACUUCGGUUUAUUAACUGACUAUUUACUUACCUAGAACUGACUGUUUACUCAGAACUAUUUACUCAUUCUUUUCUUUUUACCAAACCUUUAGGCACUGCUGGGACUUCAUAGGUUCUUAAUUUUUGAAUUUCACUCUUUUCAGUCUUGCUGCCUGCUCCCUUCGCUUUUCUUAUUAAUUGCCUGUUUUCCAAGAGCUGAUUUGUACUCAUGUCUGCUUAUGCCACUAUACUCUCCACUGUGCAGAACAACCCAUCCAUAAUGUAAUACUGUUCCCAGUAACAACCAAUUCUUUAAUCCUAUGCUGAAUGAAAUCAAUGAACCAGCUCUCAGGAGGGAACCACACUGCAAGGAAAACUGUCAAAAAUGCAUGACUUGUGUUAUCUUUAACAGCCUUCCAUUCAGUUACUACCUUACUGUUGUGUUAUUUAAACUGUGACAAAAUUAUAGUGCUAUAAUGCUCUCUGACUUCUUUUUCCAUAAUUCAUUAAAUUAACGAA